AUGGCAGAUCUCAAGUAUACUAGCAAGACCUAUACUCUCGCCUCGGGCGACAAGAUCCCCGCCAUCGGCCUAGGAACUUGGCAAUCUCCCAAGAAUGAAACUUCCAAGGCCGUAAAGCACGCCAUCUCCGUAGGUUACCGAUAUAUCGACACGGCCUUUGCCUACGGUAACGAAUCCGAGGUUGGCGAAGGAAUCCGUGCUUCUGGCGUACCUCGCGAGCAAAUCUGGAUCACAACCAAGCUCGAUAACCCAUGGCACAAGCGCGUCGCCGAGGGUAUCGAUGCUUCCUUGAAGAACCUUGGUGUCGACUAUGUUGACCUCUACCUCAUGCAUUGGCCCAGCUCUACCCGUCCCGACGACCUCAAGAAGCACUACGACGACUGGAACUUCAUCGAUACCUGGCGCGAGUUGCAGAAAUUGGUUGGUACCGGCAAGGUUCGCAACAUUGGUGUUUCCAACUUCGGUAUCACCAACCUUGAGAAGUUACUGAACGAUCCCUCUUGCAAGAUUAAGCCGGCAGUUAACCAGAUCGAGCUUCACCCUAACAACCCCUCGCCGAAGCUGGUCGCCUACUGCAAGGAGAAGGGUAUCCACGUCACAGGCUAUUCGUGCCUAGGUAGCACCAACUCGCCCCUAUAUAAGGACCAGACACUACUGGCCAUUGCCCAGAGCAAGGGCAAGACGCCGCAGCAGGUUCUUCUGCGAUGGGGAAUCCAAAAAGGCUGGGACGUUAUUCCCAAGUCAGUCACGCCGGAACGGAUCGAGGGAAAUUUUGCUCUGGACGGGUGGGAGCUGACGGAGGAGGAAAUCAAGAAGCUUGACAGCCUGCCGGACCGCUUCAAGGUCUGCGGGGACGAUUGGUUGCCUGUCAAGGUUUUCUUCGGUGACGACGAGUAA